UAUUUGCGUCCAGUCGGAAGUUCGUCACUUGCUUACGAUCGCUGCCAUUUUGACGGGAAGAGUGAAGAGCUGGGAAACUGCGUGUUUUGUGUUCAGCGGUCUGAUUUACACAUAAUAAUAUUUCACCAUGGCUAUGCAAGCUGCGAAACGCGCUAAUAUACGAUUACCUCCUGAGGUGAACAGAAUCCUGUACGUCAGGAACCUUCCUUACAAGAUCACAGCUGAGGAAAUGUAUGAUAUCUUUGGGAAAUAUGGACCAAUACGUCAAAUCAGAACAGGGAACACACCCGAAUCAAGAGGAACGGCCUAUGUGGUUUAUGAAGAUAUCUUUGAUGCCAAGAACGCCUGUGACCAUCUGUCAGGCUUCAAUGUCUGCAACCGUUACCUGGUGGUCCUCUACUACAAUGCAAACAGAGCUUUCCAGAAGAUGGACACAAAGAAGAAAGAGGAACAGCUGAAGCUUCUAAAAGAGAAAUAUGGCAUCAACACAGACCCUCCAAAGUAGCGUUUCGGACCCCCCCCCCCAUGUCCAGAAUUUUUCUUUUUCUGUCUACACCCUGCACAUGGUUUAUGCUAGUAAUGAUUUAUUCAUACAAUUGUUGAAAAUAUUCUUUUUUUAAAGGUCUUGUCGAAAAGAUGGGUUAGAUAUUUUUUUGUUUUAUUAUUUCCAUCAUCAAAUACGUGUGAAUACUGGUUAGACUGGCAGUAUGUCAGUCAACAUCAGGGCAGGGAGUUGUUGUGUGCCAGUCACAUGCUGUUUCUCAAAAUUCACUCAUCAGUAUGUUUUACAGAAUAGGACUUCAACGUUUUGGUUGGUGUUCCUGUCAAAGGGACUGACAGGCAGAAACCAGGAUUUAGAUAGUGCCUGGUCAUCGUAUUCACCGUGGGUAAUAUGUUAAAAUCUGCCAGAGCAGAUUAUUUUUCAGUCUUUUAAUUGUCACUCCUUUCAUACUUCUACAGUCUUUUAAUUUAAAGCUAACCAUGGUCAUCACCAUGUAUAUGGUUCCUCUAAAAUAAAUGUUCCUUUUCUAAAA